GAUAUCUUCACUAGUGCUUACUUUAUAUAUUGUAAAGUAAACGAUUCAGAUCAGAUUCUAAGUUCUGGUAUAUAGGAAGUAGGCGUGGUUGUGAAGCGAUUUGGCCAAUUUUCACAACAUAUUAUUGGGAGGUAAGGAAACUAUUACAAACCAAGUUUCAUUGAAAUCGGUCGAGUAGUUCCUGAGAUAUGGUUUUUUACCCAUAAGUAGGCGACGCCACGCCCAUUUUCCAUUUUGUAAAAAAACUCUGAGUGCAGCUUUGAUCUGCCAUUCCUUAUGUGAAAUUUAGUGUUUCUGGCGUUUUUCGUUAGUGAGUUAACCCACUUUUAGUAAUUUUCAACUUAACCUUUGUAUGGGAGGUGGGCGUGGUUAUUAUCCGAUUUCUUUCAUUUUUGGACUGUAUUAAGAAGUAGCUAAAAAAACGACUGCAGAAAGUUUGGUUUAUAUAGCUUCAUUGGUUUGCGAGAUAUAUAUAAAUAACCGAUUUGGGGGCGGGACCACGCCCACUUCCCCAAAACAAUAACAUCCAGAUAUGCCCCUUCCUGGUGCGAUCCUUUAUUCCUAAUUUUACAAUUAUAACUUUAUUUAUGGCUUAGUUAUGACACUUUAUGUGUUUUUGGUUUUCGCCAUUUUGUGGGCGUGGCAGUGGACCGAUUUUGCCCAUUUUCGAAAGCAACCCUCUCACGGUCCCAAGGAACAUGUGUUCCAAGUUUCAUUAAGAUAUCUCAAUGUUUACUGAAGUGACAGCUUGCACGGACGGAGGGACGGACAGACGGACGGACAGACUUCCGGAUUUCAACUCCACUCGUCAUCCUGAUCAUUUAUAUAUAUAUAACACCAUAUCUAGCUCUUUUAUUUCUUGGUGACACAAACAACCGUUAUGUGAACAAAACUAUGAUACUCUGUGCAACAGGUUGCGAGAGUAUAAAAAAAACACAAUAUAAGAACAAAAUUAAAAAAUCUCCCUUACUGCUCCUAAAAGAGGUCAAUAGGAGGACUCCUUCAUUCCUCCUUUAAGGAGAUUUCGCUUUUAAAUCUGCUGGGCCUUUAUUCGCACUGCCUGUGUAACAUUGCAGAAAUACGUAUGUAUAUGAUUUUUAUGUACAGCAACAUUAACAUUGCCAAUAUCUAAAAGUGGUUUUGAUAAAGUUUAGGCAGAUGAAUUUUAAAGUAUUUGAACUCUUGUUCCCUGUCAGUUGUACUUUUUCAAUAUUACGCCACAGUAGCGAUGAUUUUAAGCAAGCGUUGAUUUCAUCAGCGUAUGUUGGACGUGGAAUAACACCUGCAAGAAGUAACAGAGUGCCGCCAAAUAGUUUGUCAUUGUUUUUUUAUAUCUUUUAAUAUCCUAUCCAGGGCCUCAAGCGAAUUUUUUUGUGCCAUAGUGAAUUCAUCCCAAAAUAGAAGUUUACACUGUUACAGCAAUGUUGAAAUGUACGAUUGCACACUGCAUGCCAAGCCAUUUUUUCAUCAUAUCAAAACAAGAAGUAAUAAAAUAAGGAAUUAUUUGUUCCACCUGGUGAAUCAAAAAAAAAAACAUAAAAAAUAGAGUCUCACUUGACAUGGAGAAACUGCCGUAAAUUGUUUCUGUUCGUGUACUUAUCCCGAAAUUGUUUGUAUGUACUCGGCGUGGAAACCGUUUAUCCGAUUAUAACCGAAUCGAUAAUAGCGCGCGAUUCUUCUCUUUCCUUGGCAAUUCCACCUGAUCAUUCAAACGGAGUGGAUGCCUUCCUCUUCCUCUGCUUCCACUGGUGGGUUCUGCAAAGCUAGAGUGUUUCCAUUCGGCCAACAUGACCUAGCCAACUUUGCCGUUGUCCUUUUAUUCUUUGAACUAUGUCAAUGUCGUCGUAUAACUCGUACAGCUCAGAGGAUCAAAAAUAUCUCUUCUCGGAGAGGUUCUUCCCGAUCCUGACGGAAGUUUUGGUGUUGCUCAACGUCAGCUUACACAGUCGAUUUAGAUUUGAGGGGCUACCAAAUUCAUUCGUCAUAAAAGGAGCUGCCUCUUUUCGUGCUGUCAAAAGCCGCUUUAAAAUCAACAAAAAUAUGUUGAGUGCCGAUUCUCUUUUCACGGGUCUUCUCCAAGAUUUGGCGCAUGGUGAAUAUCUGGUCAGUUGUUGAUUCUCCAGGUCUGAAUGCACACUUAUAAGGUCCGAUGGGAUUCAGUCUUUUACAUGAUAUUUAGGAGGAUUAUCCUAUGGUAAUUUACACAGAUUGUGGGGUCUCCCUUUUUAUGGACAUUAGCGAAAUUAUUAAUAAAUAAAUAAAUAAAGUUAAUGGUUAAAUUCGCAAUGGCAUACAAUGUCGUCAGCUAUAGCGAAUAGUAGACGAAUUUUUCACUGCGUUCCUGUGCAGUUAAAUGCAGUUUUUGCAAGUAUACUGUUUUAAUGAUUGUCGUCUUCUAACAAGCCUAUGUCAACGCACCCAUCCAUUUUUAUACAUUGGAUACUCUUGUCCUUUUACUUUACAUAUAUCUUGAAAUAGCAAAAGCUCCGUGAAAUUAAUCAGGAACAAUAUAUUUAUUGCACGAUGUACAGGUAAAUGGAUAACUCGCGUUGAUGAAUUGGAAAACCAAUACAGCGGACUGCUUAAUUGGAGCUGAUAUACCGGUAUUCUUUAUAUCAUAAUUUUUAUUCAAAGGAAGAAUAUUUAACUUAAAAUAUAACCAUAUCACUUCCUUUAUUCAUAUAUUGCAAGUACAGUAUGUCGGGAAUGAUUUUACACAUUGCAAAUAAACAAAAUCUUUCACUUUCCAGAGCCAACGGUUUAUUUUAAUCAAGAACCGUAAAAAAGAUGUUUAAUCAAUUUAGUUAGUGUCAAGCAACUCUUUUUACAAUUCGUUUUUGUUUAUUUUUUGUGUUACACAAUUUACCGUUAUAUAUUCUUCGUUAUAAUAUUUAAAAUUAAUUUAUGAAUUAGUUGGUGAUUCAUUUUUACUUUUUUCAUAUCUAAAAUACCCAAUAUUGUCUUUUUAAAAUACCGGGCAAAGGUUAAAGUUUGAAGUGGUCCAACUUUUGUCCUAUAAUUACCAAUCGGGUAAAAACGUUAGAGAUCUAUCAGAAAAGUUUUUUAACGUAUUUUAUUAGUAAGCACAAGCAGCUAGUUUCAGAAGCAUAAAUGCAUAAAUAUAGUGUUUAGUAUGCCUUAAGUUGAUACUGUAAGAUGUUUAGAAUAUUAAAGCAGAAUAUCCCCGAUCUGUAUUGGUAAAAUUGUUUUGUAAUUGUGAUAUGGAACUUGUCCAAAUCCAUCACUAUUUAGGUAUAUUGGGACUAGUUGAGUAUCGAUACUCAAUAACAUGUUCCAAGAAUUCUAUUAAGAUAACACCCAAAUUGAUGGCAUCUUUAGAUUUUUCUAAUAGCGAAAAUCAUUUUCAUACUCUCGCAACAAAGUUGCUAAGAGAGUAUUAUAGUUUUGUUCACAUAACGGUUGUUUGUAACACCCAAAACUAAACGAGUUAGAUAUAGGGUUAUAUAUACCAAAGUGAUCAGGGCGAAGAGGCGAGUCAAAUCCGAAUGUCUGCCUGUCCGUCCGUCUGUGCAAGCUGUAACUUGAGAAAAAAUUAAGAUAUCUUGAUGAAACUUGGCACCAUAGGAAGGUUGCUUUCGAAAAUGGGCAAAAUCGGACCACUGCCACGCCCACAAAAUGGCGAAACCGAAAACACAUAAAGUGCCAUAACUAAGCCAUAAAUAAAGCUAUGAAAACAAAAUUUGGUAUGAAGGAUCGUACUAUGAAGGGGCAUACUUGGAUGUAAUUUCUUUGGUGAAGUGGGCGUAGCCCCGCCCCCAUAUAGAUUUUUUGUAUAUAUCUCGCAAACCAAUAGAGCUAUGUAUAUAAACCAAAUUUUCGGCAGUCAUUUUUUUGCCAUUUUUUAAUACAGCCCAAAAAUUAAAAAUCGGAUAAUAACCACGCCCACCUCCCAUACAAAGGUGAGGUUGAAAAUUACUAAAAGUGCGUUAACUCACUAACGAAAAACGUGAGAAACACUAAAUUUUACAGAAGAAAUAGCAGAAGGAAGCUGCAUCCAGAUUUUUUUUACAAAAUGGAAAAUGGUUGUGGCAUCUCCCACUUAUGGGUCAGAAACCAUAUGUCAGGAACUACUCGACAGAUUUCAAUUUCAAUAUAUAAAAUUUUCUUUACACCCUGAUAACACGUAUGAAAUCGGUUCACAACUACGACAACUUCCCAUAUAACUCAAUUUUGAAUUCCAUCUGAUUCCUUCACUUUAUAAGAUAUACAUUAGGAACAAAUGAAGAUAGCGAAAUAAAAGUUUACAUAAAUACUGUAUAUGAUCCGUGGCAUCACUUGUAAAGAAAUUGUCGAAAUCGGACUUUUCAAGGCCCCAGAUAUCGAAUUUGAAGAACUCAGUGCCUUAUGGUAAUUUUUCACCGAAAAUAUCGGUUAAUCUCUCAGAUAUCUUAAUUUAAUUCAGAGGAAAUCUUUUUCUUCUAAUAGUGUGUUUCUGUAUCAGAAAUGGUUAAAAUCGGGUCACAAAUUCCCUGAACUCUCAUAUAGCUAAUUAUAGGAUUUUCAAAAAUACGAUGGGCUCAAUAGCUUAUGAAUCGGGUAAUAUAAGAAAUUUCUAAGCCAAAUUAAAUGAGCAUAUAAUUUUAGAAAAAUAAAAAAAAAUAUUGCAAUGAAUUGCGAGAGUAUAAAAUGUUCGGUUGCAACCGAACUUAACCUUUCCUUACUUGUUUUAUAAUAUGUAUUUGUGGGAAAUUUCUUGACCGAUAUCAGCCAGUUUAGCUACCAAGCUAUAUUACAUCCAAGAAUGAUAGAAGACAAGAUUACGAUAUUCGUUUACAGUUAGCUUUUUUGGGUUUUGAGUUCCUGUUGAGUGACAACUUUCACGACCCCGAACACGCUAGUAAAACAAAGAACAAAAGAAAAAUUUACAAAUUGCACGGUGGUACAAAACAAUAAAAUCAAAACAAAGAGCUGAAUUCAAGGCUAGUGCUUAAUUAUUAUUUAAAAUUCUAAGUGAAAAAUGUAUUAACUUGCAAAAGAAGGCGGAAUUAAACAACAAUAGUACAAAAAAGUCGAAUAUAAAGAAUUUUUUCACUUUUCCAACCAACAAAAAUGGCGAACUUUUUGUAACAAAACAUAUAAUUUUAAUUAUAAAUAUGCAUUAUUAUAUUGGAUUAUUUUAUAAAUUAAGAUUUUAAGAAUUACGUUCAUUGUGAUAUUUUAUCUGCACAUUAUUCAAUUUGGUUCACUAUGUUUCACAUUUCCGUUUUCCAUUUGACAAUUCUUCUGUUGCCUAUUCCCAUCCGUGGGUCGUGAACGCUUCAGUCUGUCGUAAUAUUGUCUUCAUCAUUCUUGAUUACAUUUAAGAUUAUAAAUUUAAUUAGUUUUGCUAAGAUACUUUACAUAAUAAUAUAUUUUAUUUGUUUUACACACUCUUCUUUUUGAUUUUCAUAGACUUGUUGCGAUCUUACUUAUCAAGAAAUGUAUGAGUGUGCACCAGAGAACAGAAUUUCUUUACUGAGAGUAAACUUAAUUUUUAUUUAUUAUUUAAUACACAUCUUUGAUUGUACAAAAUAAAAAAUAUUAUUAGUUUUUAGUAUAAUAAUGUUGUAAUAAUAAGUUUUCAAUUAUAUUAAGUAUAUAACCUGAUCUAUGGGUGGAUAAUCCCGCGAUGGUUCUAUGGGUUGCAGAGUUUGGGUGAUCUGCGGUGAUUUUGUUGUUGUUUGUGAUGAUCCGGUGUUGGCGCCUCCAUCCGUGGUUGUUUUUCACUUCUUCUUGUCUUGCGCUUUUAUUCUUAUUUUAUUAUUACAUUUAUUCACUUAUUAAAUUAAUUUUCACUUUUUUGCACAAUACUUUUUCACUAUAUGUAAAAAUAUUCUAUAAUUUUCCGUACGCAAAUUACGCAUCUUCCUCUUAGUCGGAAAAAUGUGAAAUGACGCGUCAAAUUUUUGGAAAAAAUUGUGUGACAAAAGAGACGAGAGAGAGAGCGCGAAAUGAAAAAAAAAAACAAGAGUACUGUUUUUAGGGGUGGGUUUUGCCAAUUCAUUUUUCGAGUAAUGCCUCGUUGCAUUACAAAUCAUUAGCGAAAAGACUAAUUACUAGUAAUGCAUGAAAUCGCUAGUAGAUUUAGCGCUCUAGUAAUCGCUUGACACCAGCCGAACUACUGGGUUGCUUCAAAUGCGAUGGCGGUGUGCACUCACACUCAUAGGGUGCGUGCAGAGUGGCCGCUUGUUGCCGAGCCGAGCCGACUGACGCUUAUUGCAAGAACUUGUUCAUGCGAGAAACAAGUUUGAGUGUGCAUAGUGGAUGCGAGAAUCAGGGCUGAUAUUUUAUCUAUUAUUUGUGUUUUAUGUAUGUUUGUAUGCAUUUGGGUUUGUUGUUCAUUCGUGUUUGUGAAAUUGAAGUGAAAAGAUAUGGAUUCGUCAGAUGAUGAGUAUUUAGCUUCGGCUACUGUUUUAAAGUAUUUUAUCAACAAAAAAUCAUUUGGAAAACAUCCAAUAAAUGAUAAACGAAGUGAAUUUGGAGAAUUUCAUCACUUAUAUAGUGAUUUAAGAAAAUAUCCUGCCAAGUUUAAAGAAUAUGCUCGAAUGAGUAUUGAAACUUUCGACUAUAUUCUCGAAAAGAUUGGUGAUAAAUUAAAAAAGAAGUGGAGUAAUUUUAUUAAAGUACCAAUAUGUCCAUGUGAACGCUUGAUAGUAACUCUCAGAUUUCUGGCAACUGGAGCAUCAUUUGCCUCACUAGCUUUUUCGUUUCGGCUAGGCAAAUCAACAGUAGGAGCUAUUGUUAAGGAGACAACACAAGUUCUAUGGGAUAAUAUGUUUACUAUACAUAUGCCGCAGCCAAACGAACAAUGUUUUCAAGAAAUUGCAGAGCAAUACUGGAAGCUAUGGAACUUCCCAAAUUGUAUUGGUGCUAUCGACGGGAAGCACAUACGAAUCAAGUGUCCAGGAAAUACUGGCUCCAUGUAUUAUAAUUAUAAACACUUAUUUUCUAUUGUAUUGCAAGGUAUUGCCGAUGCCAACUGCAAAUUUAUUGCGGUUGAAGUUGGUGGAUACGGAAAGCAAAGUGAUGGUGGCACUUUUAGCUCUUCCAAAAUCUUUAAUCUUUUAAAAAGUGGAGAACUACCUGUACCAGGAAAUACAUGUCUGCCAAACAGUGAAGAAAUUGUGCCAUAUGUAUUUCUUGGGGAUGAGGCUUAUCCCCUUUUAGAAUGUUUGUUAAGGCCGUAUAGCCGAAAGGAGAUAACGGAAGACCAUGAAUAUUUUAAUGCCCGGCUUUCAAGAGCUAGAAAGUGCAUUGAAUGCGCCUUUGGGUUAUUAAGUGCAAGGUUCAGAAUAUUAUGGAAACCCAUUGAAACGGAUCCUUUGUUCGCUGAACUCCUUGUAAAAUGUAUAUGCCUUCUACACAACAUAAUUAUUGAUUUAGAGGGAUUAGAUGAAAAUUUUAAAGAAGAAGUGCAAAAAGAAAAUUUGGAAAAAAUCAUAAAAGAAUUCAAUAAAACAAGUGUCAAAAAUGGUAGAUUAAUAAGAGAUAAAUUUUGUAAUUUCGUAUGCAUGAAUAAAAUAUAACAAAUUUCAAUGUAACUUACUUGGUAUUUUCAUUUCUGAAGCAACGGACAUCCAUAGCUUUUCCACUAAAACACGGUUAUGAUAACAUUUAUUUUUCUGAUCCCACAAAGCCGGCCGAGAAAAAACUUCACUUAUUAAUUGUUCUACAUUCAUUUUAAAUAAACCAAAACACACGACUGUACUCAAGAAAAGUUCAACAAGAAUGCCAUUAAAUGAUGAAUGACAGCAUAUGAUUUUCAUUUUAAUUUUACUUUUUCCAAAGAAUUUUAUGUCCAAAACUAGCUUUUCGCAGAAUAACCAAUGUUUUCGGCGCUGAAAUACGCUUUGGAACUGUUUCUCGCAUUCAAUCAGCUUUGCGCUCUGACCAGCUCGGCGCCCACUAUGACCUGUUCGCGCUUAUUUGUACUAAUUUGUAUAGUACCAGUUUUCUCGCAUUGGUUCUCGCAAUAAGCGUCAGUCGGCUCGGCUCGGCAACAAGCGGCCACUCUGCACGCACCCAUAGACAUGCAUUGUGAGCUAAUUUCUAUUCAAACAACUAUGAGUGGAGAAGCUACAGAGCCAGUCGUGUAGUUGCUAUUGCAUAGUAAUUAUUUUUGUUUUACUUGAUUUUCACUGACAAGUAGCGCUCUUACUUAUUAAGAAAUGUAUGAGUAAAAUAAAAGAUCAUGACAAGCAAAGACAAAAGCAAUAAAUUCUCAUCACCACGAGAGUGUAUGCUGUAAUCCUUGCUUAAGUACCCCUCCUUAGCAUGCAAGAUUUUUUAUACAUUUAAGCGGAAAAGGCACUUAAAUUAUUCCCGUUUAAGUGCCUCGAGGUACUUACCCAGCUUUUCUCAAAUACUUCGAAGUGAUAUUUCUUCUUUUAGAAUGAAAGUCACAUUUACAUAUAUCUUAUUAAUAAGAAAAAUACAUAUUAAUAACAAUAAAUUUGAAAAAAAAAACAUUAACAAAACUAUGUACAUUACUUUUCGCUUAAUUGCACAUCAAAAUUUGCACAAAUUUUCGUUCAAUUAUUAUACAAUUAUCAUGUUUAAAUGAUCAGUUUGUUUAAUUACAGCGCUUAAUUGGACCACAUGGUGAAUUAAGGGGUUAUGUGGAUUUCAAAAUUUAAAACUUUUUUUGUUUUAUUAAAUGGUACAAUACAAAAUUAUCAAAUCCAUUCGUACAAAAUUUCAAGAUAUAGACACUUUGGAAGAUCUGCCCAUCAGGUCACGUGAGUUGGAAUGGAAAACUUUAAACGGAUUUAUCUCAAAACUAAAAUUUUGAAGUCAAUGGGUACGACUUGUCAAAAAGUUAUAAAGCAAUUCUGUUCAUAUUUUCCACACAUCUUUAUUAUAACUAUUUUUUUCGAAUCAGUAUAUGGCGAAAAUUGGACCAAAAAAUUUAAUUUUUUGUUCAAAACCUGUCAAAAAUUCAAAUUUUAAUAUUUUUUUCCUUCGUUCAUUAACAAGACUUAUCCAUGAACUAUCGAAAUAUUUUUGGUUUGUUGACUUGGAUGAAUCAAUAAUGAGUUAUGCUAUCUAAGGAAAGAACUUUUUUUGGAGAUGCCAUGGGAGAUGAGGUACCAACAGCUGAGCAUUCGGAAUUUGUAAAUAAAAAUUUCACAAAGUACUGUUUAAAUAUGUAUCUUUGAUAUGCUGAAUAGUUUAAAUGAAAUAUAUAAUUGUAUAUAUUAAACAGAAAUUGUAAAAAUACUCAUGCUUUCAACUUCUGAAACCCACAUAACCUCUUAAAGGAAAAUGCAUAUGUGCACUUUACGUUUUUCAAAUAUUUGAAUAUUUUUUUACACUUAAAGGAAAAACAAACAGAAACAAUUUAUAUAUCUAUUUAUGUACAUAUGUAUAUGUCAAAUUUAUUAUUAAACAAGUAUGGACAGAUAGCGCACAAUUUUUUUUUUUUUUUUCAAUAUACAUUUAUUUACUGAAUCUGCUCUUUAAAGCCUAACAAUAAGUUAUAAAAUCCUAAAACUAACUAAAAACUAGACAAGCUCAACCAGGUGAUUGAGUUGUUUUGGUGAAACGUUGCUCUUUAGUGUGCUGGCAUAUCUCCUCUUUUUAGACGUGAUUGAUUACAGGAUUGUAUUAAAGCAUUAGCCAAUGGGUUUGGGUGAUCACGGAGUUUAGAUAUAUAUUUCAAUCUGCUGUCCUCUACUUCUUUCUUCACCAUUGGGAUACCAAGAUCUUUAUGGAUAUUUUCAUUGCGCAUGUACCAUGGUGAGCACGUGAUUGUUCUAAGCAUUUUCGAUUGGAACCUUUGUAUUACAUACAUCCAAAUCGGCUUUAUGACCGCAUUGUAUAAAAGUACUUUGUUGUCUAGGCUAAGUUUAGAGUUUUUAUUUAUAAGCCAAUUUAAAUUUGCAGCUCUUAUCUUCAUGCAAGUUAUUUUACUAGAUAUAUGUUUUCUCCACGUAAGCCUUCUAUCUAGGUGAAUACCAAGAUAGGUAACUUCAUUCGCUUGGGGCACCAAAAUAUUGUUCAUUUUUACUGCCGGACACAUUUUUGGUCUUAGAGAAAAUGUAACGUGCUUACACUUUUGUUCAUUCACAUUUAUACGCCAGUUGGCUAGCCAUUCUUCGACAGAUCUUAAGUGCUCCGCUAAUAUUCUUGAUGCUAUAAUGUGGCAUUUGUUACGGCUCACUAAAGCUGUGUCAUCCGCGAAAGUUGAUGUCAAAACAUUAUUAGCUGUUGGAAGAUCAGCAGUAUAUAUGAUGUACAGAGUUGGCCCUAAAACACUGCCUUGUGGUACACCAGCACUUAUUUGUCGUUCAUCAGAUAUGAAGUCUCCUACUUUAACCAUAAAUUGUCUAUUAUUUAAAUAAGACUCCAAUAUUUUAUACAAUUCUAAAGGUAGAAUGUUUUUAAUCUUAUAUAAAAGCCCUUCAUGCCACACCUUCAGGUGUCAGGUCUUUCCCAGGUUUAUCUAUCAGGAUAAUCUGCGACUUUUUCCAUGAAAUCGGAUAGUAUCCAAAACUAAAAAUCGCAUUAAAGAGCAAAGAGAGCACCUCUACAGCAAUAUUUGGUAACUCUAUUAGCAUUUUUGGGGUGAUAUUAUCAUGUCCUGGCGACUUUUUUUGAUUUAGUUCUUUUAUGAUGCAAUUAAUUUCAAAAGGUGAAGCCUUAAAAGACUCGAGCGACUCAUUUGCUGUGUUAGGUAAGAUUGACAACAUAAAGUUGUUCUUUGGGCAAUUAGGUUGAAAUACCUUUUCCAGGUGAUUUGGUUGAAAUACCUUUUCCUCGUCACUUCGAGCCCAAUUUCCACCCAAGUCUCGUAUAGGCAUGUUGGAGUCGACUGGAGGCUUCAUGGACUUUUGGGCUUUCCACAGGGAAUUUUGCUUUCUUGAGUUUGGACAUAGCUUCUUUAUAUACAUUUCGUUGUUGAAUUCUUCCUCGCGUUUAAGCGCUUUCUUUAAUUUUGUACAGCAGAUUUCAAUUGAAGCUGAGUGGAAGGGGAGCGAUUUAUCUGCCAUUCUCGUCUAGCACGCCUUUUUUCAUUUACAAGCUUUUCUAUUUCUCUGUUAGUGGUUUUUCGGAGACCAAGUGGCUUAUAGUUUCUGUUUGGUGUUGCUAAGACAGCUGCGUUAGUUAUUAUAUCAUUAAGUUCUCUUAUGCUUUCGUCAAUAUCUCUUCCUGUAUUUAUUUUGUACUCACUAUUAAUGUGGCUACUCACAUAUUUCUUAUAUUUUAACCAGUUCGUUUUAUAAGAUGUUAGACCCACUUUUGGAUCAACGAAUAUGGGUUGUUCACACAACUUUAUUACUACAGGUGAAUGAUCAGAAGAUAAGUCUGUACAUGUAUCAGCUGUCACAAGCGAUCUAUCUAUAAUUUUGAUUACUGCGAAAUCAAUUAGAUCUGGUAUUUUGUUACGAUCACUGGGCCAAUAUGUCGGCUUGCCAGGAGAUAUUAUAUCAAGAUUAUUGUGCUUAUUCAUAAUUGUGUUGUACAGCUGUCUUCCUUUAGGGAAGAGCAGUGUUGUCCAAUGCAAUAGUAUGUAGCUUUCACUAGUGUGCGUAAAGCGUUGCUGCAAACUGUGUUGGCAGAAAAGUACACUGAACAAAUAAUGAGCAAUUUUUUUUUAUAAUGUUAAUGAAAAUGAUUUAAGUUCAAUUUGUACAAAUGUUGAUCAGUGCAAAUUUAUUACAAAUGAGGCAAAUGGCUUCUCCCUCCAUAUUUUCAACAAAAAAAAAUUUGUCUCCCAUUCAAUUUUAAACAUUUUUAUAAAUUACGCAAGGGGGUAUUUUCUGGCAGUGUAAAAAAUUAAACUUGCGCAUACGUGCUAGCUCACAGAAUUCUGAAACGCAACUGAAAUAAUAAGCUUCGCCAUACGCUGCCAUACGAACCAAGCUGGCAGAAGAGUAUACGUGUGAGUAUACGUGUUUGACGUCGCAGCAGCUAGCCUAUGCCCCGGGCAUAGGAAAAAUGCGUUUUGGCCGACACUGUUCUAGAGCAUAGUGGUUAAGCCGAUUUCUAACCAAUACUGCCGUUCCACCGUGCGCUUUUCCAUCCGGGUGAUUUGUAACAUAGCGUCUAAAUCCGGGUAUAUUGAAGUUAUUUUUGUUUGUCAGAUGAGUUUCUGAUAUUAGCAUUACAUCUAUAUUUUUUUCAGACAGAAAUCUAAUAAUCUCUAGUUUAUGUUGGUUAACACCGUUAGCAUUCCAUAUACAGAUAUUUAGUACGCUCAUUUUUUACUUAAUAAAGUUUGCAGCAUUUGGUUUUGUGAUUUUAUUAAAUCUUGGAUCAUGUUUUGCAUUGUAGACAUAAAUUGUGUCAUACAUUGCGUAAGAUUUAUGAUCAUUGUUUCAAUACCACUAUUUGGAGGAUUUUGUGGUGGUUGCAUUUGUACAUUGUUGCCUUUUACAACAUUGGCAUAGCUCCCUUGCACAGUAUUAUUUUUAAUAUUACUAGGUUUUGGAAUAUGGUCUGUGAUAUCUAUAAUGUCAUUACGGGGAGUAUGUAACAUUUGGUUACGACGUGCUUGAAUUCCCUGUGACAGCUUCAAUUUUAAAUCUUUAUAAAUAGGACAACCCCUGUAGUUGGCAGUGUGAUUUCCUCCACAAUUGCUGCAUUUUUUAUUUAAAUUCUCUUUCUUAGUGGUGCAUUUGGAGGUGGAAUGUAAAUCUCCACAUAUCACACAAACACUGCGUAGAGUGCAAUAGGAUUUGGUAUGGCCAUAUUCUUGACAAUUGGUGCAUUGUACCGGACCAUUUCUUUUGUGUGGUUCUUCAACGGUUACUCUACGGUGCAGCAAAUAUUUUAAAUUGUAUAUUGGAUGCACUUCGUUCUUUCUAAGCUGGUUAGAAUUCGGCAUCAGUUCAAUUCUAAACAUGGGUUGUGGUACUUUAUUUCUGUUAAAGAUGUUUGCAACAGUUUUAACUUCAAAGCCACAUUCUUCAAGGGCUUCUUUGACUUCGCUAGAAUCUACGGAAGACUCUAUACCUUUAAUUACAAUAACUAGGCCUUUAGAACUCUUCAGCUGAUAAGAAUAAUAGUUCUUAUUUUUGUUUGACAAAUGUUUAACUAUGUUCAUGAAACUUUUCUCAGUGUACGACUGUAUUUUAGUCUCAUCUAUAUUGCCCUUUUUCAAAGGCACUAUAUGAAAAUUAUUAGUACCUACAAUUUCACUCCAUUUAGCAACAAGUGCAUUUGAGCUACGCUCCCGCAAAUAUAUUGGCGGCGGUUUAGCAUUCGCGACUGUGGUGGUACCCUUCGCAUCGUCGUCUGAACCUUUGCUUAAUAAGGCAAAUCUGUUGCCAUUUAAUACCUCAGGUUUGUUUUUGAUUGGCUUGUCGCCUUGAAAUUUUUUAGGAUUGACCGCUAACUUUGAAGGACUUAACUUUCUUUUUACAUUGAUGUAGCGGUCAAUGCCAAUCUGCACAGAUAAACCUUUUUUUAUUGGUACAUUCUCACCUUGCGCUAUGUUUUUCUUCGCUGUCUGAUCAUUUGCUGGUACCUGCGAAUUUGUUGGUGUAUUCUUGUUUGUUGCUGGCCCUUGUUGACUGCCGUUCUCUGCUGACUUUGCUGUUUGUAAGCUCUGCUUUGGCUCGGUUGGUCGCUGUGAUGGGUCAUCCUUCUCACCGUUGCCUUUUUUGUUGGUAGGUUUUGCCGGCUCGACAAAACUAAAGUAGGCAAUCUCUGAAUUUGGCGGCUUUGUUGGUCAGGCUGCGUUGCGCUCAUAUUUUUGAGAAUUUGUUUACUUCUGACUAAUAAUUGUUAUUAUUUUUUUUGUUUUGCUUAAUUGUACACUGUUUAUUAUUAUGAUUAUUUUAUGUUUUGGUUAUCCCGUUCGGCGUUAUUGCCUAACACUUGCUUUAAUGCACUUUUUUUUAGUUAUUUGUUUAUUUUGUUUUUUGUAAUUCCGAAAGUUUUCACGGAGCGCAUCAAUAACACGUCCGUAUAAUUUGAAAGCCACGGUGUAUAUGUCAUGCGCACAAUUUGACCCACAUAUUCGGCAUAAAGUCCAAUAGAAAAACGAAAGUAAACAUAUAUAGUAUAUGUUAAUAUAGUACAUAUUAAGCGCAUCGUAUUUUUGAAAAACCUUUAAUUAGGUAUAUGGGAGCUAGGUGAAGUUAUGACCCGACUUUAACCAUUUUUCGUACAGAGACACACUAUUAGAAGAAAAAGUUUCCCUUUUAAUUAAAUUAAGAUAUCUGAGAGCUUUACCGAUAUUUUUGGUGAUAAAUUACCCUAAGGCACUGAGUCAUAUUCCAUAUCCGGAGCAUUGAAAAGUUAUAGUCCGAUGUCGACAUUUUUUCACAAGUGAUGCCACAGAUCGUAUAGAGUAUUUGUGUAAAGCUUCCGCUAUCUUCAUUGGUUUCUGAUGUAAAUCUUAUACAGUGGACGAAUCAGAUGGAAUUCAAAAUUAUAUUAUAUGCGAAAUAGUCGUAGUUGUGAACCGAUUUCGUCCAUUUUCCAAACGUCAUCAGGGUGUUAAGAAAAUAUUAUAAAAAAAUUUCAUGGAAAUCGGUCGCGUAGUUCCUGAGAUAUGGACGUCACGCCCAUUUCCCAAAUUAAAAAAAAAAAAUCUGAGUGCAGUUUCCUUCUGCCAAUUCUUCUGUAAAUUUUAAUGUUUCUGAUGUUUUCCGUUAGUAAGUUAACGCACUUUUAGUAAUUUUCAACAUAGCAACUUGUUGCGAGAGUAUAAAAAUUAUACAGUGUUGCAAAAAAAAUGAAUAAUAGUUUUUUCAACAAUAUUAUUUUAUUUUCAAUUAGUCAAAAUUAUUUUCACAUCGGACGUUUUUAUACAAGUUUCACACAAAAAGCAUUCGCUUGUUGUUGUUGUUGUCGCAGGGUAACAAAAUGCUAUGUUGUUAUAAACUUUGAUCUAUUCCUGAGAGAAUGAAGUCAGUUUGGCAAGAAUAGCUAGAAAUAUGGCGGAGAUAUAAGCAAAUGAACUACAUACUCGCAGUAGUCAAAAGUAUUUACACACAUUUUUUUGCGUCAAAAGUAUUUACACACCGCGAUUUAGCCUUUAUCCUUGGAUUUGGUUUAAGCAAGAGUAGUAAUUGAAUUCUAGUGCAUUCAUAAAAUGCAGAAAACAAAGGAAUUAUCGAUUAUAACUAGAUCGGAGACUGUUACUAAGUUUAAGACUGGGGUUGUGGCUUCGGAGUUAGCUAAAAUUUACAGAAUUUGAUAGAACACUAUUUAUAAUGUUAUUAAAAAAAGGACAGGAAAUAUUGCAAGGGAAAUUUAAAGAUAACUGGGCGGAAACCUGUGAUAACUCAAAGAAAAUGCAGAAGAUUAGUAGGAACUGUCAUACAAAAUCCCACAAUUAGUCCUGUUAAUAUUGCAGCAGCAUGGAAUCAGCAUAUUGCAAGAACAGUAAAUGAUGCUACACUGCUCAGGACAUUAAAGAAGUUAACAUAAAUACCUGACGUUUGGUAAAAAUUGGUCAAUUUGGUCAAUAUUUCCGAAAAUAAAAAAAACGAUAUGUCAGGCAUUUGCCUUAAAUUAGAUUCUGGAGCUUGUCGUGGGCAGAUAAUGUUGAAUUUUGGUUCCAGGGCUUGUUUAGCAAACGCUUUAUGCAUUUACCACGUGAAAAUAAGAAAUAUGCAGUUUAGGCGCUAAGCUAAGUUUUGGAGAUUUGCUACAAAUUUAGGGACCCUACAUCAUCUGGAUAUAUCCAAAUUCACAUGACCAUACCAUUGUAGUGGUUAGUCGGCCUUUUCCAACUAUUGACUACAUUUUACAACAGGACAAUGCUCCAUUUCAUGAAGGAUCGUUACCUACAAAAGAUUUAAAUGAAGCAAAUCAAGUUAACCUCCGCACAGCCCUGAUCAAAACCUUAGUCAACAUGUUUGGUCUUUCGUUAAAUAUCAGAGGACGAUUUAUUUAAUAAACGAAAACGCCGAAAUUACCGACAUUUGGUCUAAAUAAACUGUUAACUUAGGGGGAUGGGGUCAUAUGUAGAAGUUCACGCAAGUGAGGAAAGUUUCUGAUUGCCAUUCACUUGGGAGUGGCCAGGAACGAUUCUUUUGCAUAUGACUCAAGCAGCUCACGACUUCUGGUUUUAGACCAAGUACCCCCUGGGUAGCUAACAGACAUCCGUUUGGAGGCGAGCUAAAGUGAGAAGGCGAAGCCCGCUUCUGCGGUUGUGCGUAGGGCUUGGGACCCACCACAUAAAAAAAUCUCCCCAAUGAAAACAAACACCGAGCCUCGGAUGAGAAACCCCCCUUUUGAUGACGACCCCUGAAAACGUACUAAGGAUCAUGAUUUGAGGGCAUGCACCUGGAAUGUCCGGACUCUUAAUUGGGAAGGUGCCUCUGCCCAGCUGGCUGAUGUCCUCAUACAACUAAAGGCUGACAUCACCGCCGUCCAAGAAGUGCGAUGGACGGGACAAGGACGGAAGAAGGUGGGUCCUUGUGACAUCUACUACAGCGGCCAUAUAAAGGAGCUCAAAUUUGGUGUUGGAUUUGUGGUGGGAGAGAGACUACGUCGCCGAGUCCUGGCAUUCACCCCGGUGGAUGAACGUCUUGCCACAAUCCGCAUCAAAGCGAGGUUCUUCAACAUAUCGCUGAUUUGCGCCCACGCCCCAACGGAAGAGAAGGACGAUGUGACCAAAGAUGUUUUCUAUGAGCGCCUAGAAUGCACCUAUGAGCGCUGCCCUCGCCACGAUGUCAAAAUCGUGCUUGGCGAUUUUAACGCCAGGGUGGGUAAAGAAGGUGUCUUUGGCACAACAGUCGGAAAAUUCAGCCUCCAUGACGAAACAUCGCCAAACGGCCUGAGGCUGAUCGACUUCGCUGGGGCCCGAAAUAUGGUUGUCUGUAGUACCAGAUUCCAGCAUAAAAAAAUUCAUCAAGCAACGUGGCUGUCCCCUGAUCGAAACACGCGCAAUCAAAUCGAUCACUUUGUGAUAGAUGGAAGACAGUGUUUUAGACGUGCGUACUUUCCGAGGACCAAACAUUGACUGGACCAUUAUCUAGUAGCAGCAAAGAUACGCACUCGCCUCUGUGCAGCAAAGAUCGCCCGUCAACAAACACAAGGACGGUUCGACGUCGAAAAGCUGCAAUCACAACCGACAGCCGAACGAUUUUCUACUCGACUUGCACUCCUGCUCUCUGAGAGCACUCAUCAGCAUCUCGAUAUAAGGGACCUGUGGAACGGCAUCUCAAACUCAUUGCAUACCGCUGCAGCCGAAACAAUUGGUCUCCGGCAACGCCAAAAAACCAGUUGGUACGAUGAGAAUUGUCGUUCCGCAGUGGAGAGAAAACAGACUGCCUACCUCGCAACGUUGCGAUCGACCACAACACGUUCGGGGUGGGAUAGAUAUCGAGAACUGAAGAGGGAAGCGAGACGCAUUUGCAGGCGUAAAAAGAAAGAGGCCGAAAUGCGUGAGUAUGAAAAGCUUGAGAAGCUGGCAGACAGAGGGAAUGCACGAAAAUUUUAUGAAAAAAUGAAGCGACUUAACGAAGGUUUCAAGACCGGAGCUUCCUCAUGUAGAGACCAAGGUGGUAAUCUGGUAACGGAUGUCCAGAGCAUACUGGGAUUAUGGAGGGAACACUUCUUCGACCUGCUCAAUGGCAGUGAAAGUACAACACCAGGAGAUGGCGAACCCGAUUCCCCAAUCGAUGACGAUGGAAUAGAUGUUCCAUUACCCGUCCAUGAAUAAAUUCGAAUAGCAAUUACCCGCUUGAAGAACAACAAAGCGGGCGGGGCCGAUGGAUUGAAGGCCGAGCUAUUCAAAUACGGCGGCGAAGAACUAAUAAGGUGCUUGCAUCAGCUUCUUUGUAGAAUAUGGUCGGAAGAAAGCAUGCCUGACGAUUGGAGUCUUAGUGUGCUCUGCCCAAUCCAUAAGAAGGGAGACCCCACAAUCUGCGCCAACUACCGUGGUAUAAGUCUCCUCAAUAUCGCAUAUAAGGUUUUGUCGAGCGUAUUGUGUGAAAGACUAAAGCCCACCGUCAACGAACUGAUUGGACCUUAUCAGUGGGGUUUUAGACCUGGAAAUCCCUGCAAAACUAAUACGGCUAUGUAAGCUGACGUUGAGCAAUACCAAAAGCUCGGUCAGGAUCGGGAAGGACCUCUCCGAGCCGUUCGAUACCAAACGAGACUUCAGACAGGGUGACUCACUAUCGUGCGACUUCUUCAAUAUAUUGCUGGAAAAAAUAAUACGAGCUGCAGAGCUAAAUAGAGAGGGUACAAUCUUCUACAAGAGUGUACAGCUCCUGGCGUAUGCCGAUGAUAUUGAUAUCAUCGGAAGCAACAACCGCGCCGUUUGUUCUGCGUUUUCCAGACUAGAUAAAGAUGCGAAGCGUAUGGGUCUGGGGGUGAAUGAGGACAAGACGAAAUAUCUCCUGUCAUCAAACAAACAGUCAGCGCACUCGCGUCUUGGCUCCCACGUCACUGUUGACAGUCAUAGCUUUGAAGUUGUAGAUAAUUUCGUUUAUCUGGGAA